GUUCGGCGGCAGCACCGGCGGUUCUCUCUCGCCGAUCGCUCCUUCGUUCCAUGGCUCGUGGCAUCGUUUGAAUCGCGUCACGAUGAAGCUGAACGUGUCGUAUCCUGCGACAGGAUGUCAGAAGCUGUUCGAAAUUUCGGACGAGCACAAGCUCAGAAUCUUCUACGAGAAGCGCAUGGGCGCCGAGGUCGAGGCCGACGCGCUGGGUGACGAAUGGAAGGGCUAUGUAGUCCGCGUCGCCGGGGGUAACGACAAGCAGGGCUUCCCCAUGAAGCAGGGUAUCCUGACGAACGGCCGUGUGCGUUUAUUACUUUCCAAGGGACACUCUUGCUAUAGACCACGACGAGACGGUGAGCGCAAGCGCAAAUCCGUUCGCGGUUGCAUCGUAGACUCCAAUUUAUCCGUACUGGCGCUUGUCAUCAUAAGGAAGGGUAAACAGGAAAUCCCAGGAUUGACCGACAUGAACGUACCGCGUCGCCUGGGACCGAAGAGGGCUAGCAAAAUUCGCAAGCUCUUCAAUCUUUCGAAGAAGGAUGAUGUUCGGCAGUUUGUGGUAAAACGACCGAUUCAAAAGGAAGGAAAGAAGGAACGGUUUAAGGCGCCGAAGAUUCAGCGUUUGAUCACUCCGAUCGUUCUUCAAAGAAAAAGACACAGACUGGCGCUGAAGAAGAAGCGCUGCCUGGCGCGCAAGGAGCAAGCCGCGGAGUACGCGAAGCUGCUGGCGCAAAGGCAGAAGGAGGCGAAGAACCGGCGCCAAGAGGAACUGAAACGAAGGCGCAGCGCCUCUUUGCGCGAAUCCAAAUCGUCGACUCAAACGGCACCAGCGACACAAGUUCAGUAAAUCGAUUGAAUCCUGAAAUGUAUUUACACAUCAAUAAAAAAAGUUUCAACUAU